GUUAAAUGAAGUGUAGAGAAAAGUCGACGACGGAGCUCAGUUGAAAGAAUUUCGACGAAUGUGCAAGGAAAUUGUAAUACUCACAUUCGGAAUAAAAUUUUAUAUUGAAGAGUAAUAACAUACAGAAAUUGACAAUAUGAAGCUCAGUGUUAAACUUUUGUGUUUAUUUGUUGUUAUUAUUUCGGUAAAAAGCAACGAUGAAGAAAAAGGCAUACUUAAAUUCGAAGAAGGUGGAGAUAAUAUGGACACUGAAAGUAUAAACAACAUUUUAAAAAAAAUGUCAAAGAAAUUUAAAAACGUUGACGAUGAGGACUCAGUAGGAUCAGGGAAUGAUGACGAAGAUUCAGAGUCUUCUGGGAGUGGUGAUGAAGAGGAGAGUGGGGAUGGAAGUGGUGCUGUUUUGCCUACUAAGAGAGUGACAACAGGAACGAAAGAAAGAAAGAAGGCCUCACCUACUGUGAUCAAUAUAAAUUAUGUUUCUACAACCACCGAGAAAACUACCACUAUGAGUAACAAUGUGGAAGUUAAAAGUACAGAUACAGUUGAAGAAAAUAACAAUGUAAAUGAAGGUGAGGGAGGUGAAAAUGAAGAAAAAGAGAUUGAAGUGCAACCUGAUGAUGAAACUGGCAAUAAUAAAAGGCAGGUUGGCGAUAACAACCGUAAAAAGGUUGCCAAAGGAGGAGUGAACUUCACUGUUGGAAUUAUUAUUGGUGUUGUCGUUGGUGCUGUAUUGGCUAUUUUGAUUAUUGUGUUUUUGGUUUACAGACUACGCAAAAAAGAUGAGGGUAGUUACAGCCUUGAUGAACAGUCAUCGACAACUUACCUAAGGGGGGAUACAGACAAUCCGACAAAGGGAAAAGAAUAUUUUGCAUAAAUGUUUUCUAUGUAGAUUAGUAUGUAUGUUAAUUUAAUGUGUGUUUUGUGAAUUCUUAUGUAUCCUUCAUCCCUCUGAUUUCCUAUUCAUGGUUUACGUUUAGUGUCGAAAAAGUUUUUUUAAAUCGUAUCUAGCUAGUUAUCUGUUUUUGUACUCUAUAACUUUUUUUACAUAAAUGUACAUGAAACAUUCUGUCUCUUUCAACUCUUAUGUGUACUUUUAUUUACCUUGAUUUGAAGAAUACAAUGUCUUUAUGUGGAAGAAGUUUUUGUGUCAACAAAGUUUUUUUUUAGAUUAUUUAUUCAAAACUAUGUAUUAUAGACCUGUUGUAAUUUACAGUUUUUUAAAAAAGAAGCAGUAUUAUCUUCAUAGCAUAAAAUGUUAUUCAAGUAUAGCUAAAGGCAUAUGGAAUAACCUGAAAAAAUUUUUAUGUGAUAUAUCACAUGCUAUGAUAAGCACUUGUAAAGUUGAUAAAAGUGAAUUGCGUUAAUGGUGCCAUAGAUAAAUAUUUCUCACCAGAAUUUUCACUGUGAAUAUCAUGUUUUGAUAUACAACAGUAGACUCAAGCCAUUGAUUGGGAGUUUACACUUUGUUGUUUGUUUUUUUGCCAUCAUCUUAGUAAUCAAUGAGGUGUUUAAUUUUUCUUUAGUAAUGCACAUUUUAUUCAAAAUUUUUAUAAAAUUUAAAAAACAUCGAAUAGCUAAGUUAACUUUUUAUAUUUCAUUAUAUUCUUGUGUAUAUGUCUGUUUUUUUGUAUACCUCAUAAUUUGGUGUUCAAUAAAACACAUUUCUCUAACUAAGAUGAAAUUGAAACAUACAAUUCCUUUUUUAAUUCUUAUUGGUGAUCUUUUUUGUUUUUUAUGCGUACUACAUUAAUAAUUUUAACUCUGACAAUUAAAGUGUAGUUGUGUUCCUAAUAUAUUUUAGUUUUGGAAAUGGUAGCUUCUCAACCUAUAAUGCAAAAAAUAACUAAUAAAGCAUCAAUUGCCUGUUGUGUUUUGUUGAUAAAAAAUUUAAUAUUGUAAUAUUACUAACAUUGUAAGUUUUGCCAAUUUAAAAAAAAUAUUACGUGUUAUCAGCAACCGUCUUUUACUUAUCCCUCUCAAUCAUUAUCCUGUUUUACAUUCAUUUUACAUUAAUUUGAAAUAUUUUUGUAUUUGAAAGGAGACACUUCAUUAUUAAGACUACAGGAAACUGAUCAUCCUGUAUUGUUUAUUGAAGCAACAUUUCCUAAGGAUGUAUUAUUUUGUUAGCAGUUUUGCUGGGUUCUUUGUUUAGCUUUAUGUUAGGGCAUGUAAUUUAUGAUGUUAUUGUUCCCCUUGUGUUAAAGUUGAUAAACUAUGUGACCUAUUUCUUCACUGACAUUUUUAUUGUUUUCAAACGAUUUUAUUGAGAGUUAAAACGUCAGCAGAUAGUUAGUGAGGGUGAUUUGCAGGGUAAUGUUUCCUAUCAAUGAUAUUAUUAUUUUGUGCAUGUGAAAGUUUGAAAGUGUUUAAGCUUUGUAUUUGAAGGGUAUAGAAAGUGGUUGACCAAGUACUCAAGUGAUUAUAAAAUAAUCUCUUGAGAAUGGUGUAGAACUGUUUUUUGGUUUUUAACACAAAGUGUUGUUUCUUAUAUAUUUGAAAGCAUUAGUCAUAAAAUGGACUUCAAAAGUUUAACCUCUUGAGUUGUGUUGUUAAAAUUUCCAUUAUUAAAAUUCUCAUUGAGGAUCUUGUGACUUUUCCAUAAUAUAUAAUGGAUGAGCUCCAUUCAUAAUAUUUCAGCGCAUUGAAUGCAAGCCAAAUUAAUUAUUGAAUUUUUAAGCUUUCAUUCGUUGUCCAUAUUUAAAAAAUCAAAUGUCCAUAUUUGUAAGGUUAAACGAUCAAACAUUUCGUCAAACGUUAUAUUUUCAUUUU